AUGAGCGUGGAGGCGUACGGGCCCAGUUCCCAGACGCUGACUUUCCUAGACACCGAGGAGGCCGAGCUGCUGGGCGCCGACACGCAGGGCUCCGAGUUCGAGUUCACCGACUUCACGCUGCCCAGCCAGACCCAGACGCCGCCCGGAGGAGGAGGAGGAAGCGGCGGAGCCUCCGCGCAGGGCAACCCCGGAGGAGUCUCGGCAGGAGGAGGAGGAGCAGGCGGGCCGCCCUCCGUCGCCCUCUCGCCGGGGCAGCUGGACGCCCAAGUGAAUGGGCCUGACGGCAUCCUGCAAAAUGGAGCAGUGGAUGAUAAUGUGCCUAAGACCAGCCAGCUCCUUGCAGAACUCAAUUUUGAGGAAGACGAGGAAGACACUUACUACACCAAGGACCUUCCAGUGCAUGCUUGCAGCUACUGUGGCAUCCAUGACCCAGCUUGCGUUGUCUACUGCAACACCAGCAAGAAGUGGUUCUGCAACGGGCGUGGGAAUACGUCUGGCAGCCAUAUUGUGAACCACCUUGUGAGAGCCAAAUGUAAGGAAGUGACUCUGCACAAGGAUGGCCCUCUGGGUGAGACCGUCCUGGAGUGCUACAAUUGUGGCUGCCGCAACGUGUUCCUCCUGGGUUUCAUCCCUGCUAAGGCAGACUCUGUGGUCGUCUUGCUGUGCAGGCAGCCUUGUGCCAGUCAGAGCAGCUUGAAGGACAUCAACUGGGACAGUUCUCAGUGGCAGCCUCUGAUUCAAGACCGCUGCUUCCUUUCCUGGCUGGUCAAAAUCCCUUCCGAGCAGGAGCAGUUGAGGGCGCGUCAGAUCACUGCCCAGCAAAUCAACAAGCUAGAAGAGCUCUGGAAGGAGAACCCCUCUGCCACCCUUGAAGACUUGGAGAAGCCUGGUGUCGACGAAGAGCCACAGCACGUCCUCCUCCGAUACGAAGAUGCUUAUCAGUACCAAAACAUAUUUGGACCUUUGGUGAAACUCGAGGCCGACUAUGACAAGAAGUUGAAGGAGUCCCAGACACAGGACAACAUCACUGUGAGAUGGGAUCUGGGCUUGAACAAGAAAAGGAUUGCCUACUUCACCUUGCCAAAGACUGAUUCAGAUAUGCGCCUGAUGCAGGGGGAUGAGAUCUGCCUGAGGUACAAAGGGGAUUUGGCCCCGCUGUGGAAAGGAAUUGGCCACGUGAUUAAAGUUCCUGAUAGUUUUGAAGAUUACGGUGAUGAAAUUGCGAUCGAGCUGAGGAGCAGUGUUGGCGCCCCUGUGGAAGUUACCCACAACUUCCAAGUGGACUUUGUGUGGAAGUCGACUUCCUUUGACAGGAUGCAGAGUGCCCUCAAGACUUUUGCUGUGGAUGAAACCUCCGUCUCUGGCUACAUCUAUCACAAGCUCCUGGGUCACGAGGUGGAGGAUGUCAUUAUCAAAUGUCAGCUGCCGAAGCGCUUCACAGCACAAGGACUUCCUGACCUCAACCAUUCUCAGGUGUAUGCUGUGAAGACUGUCUUGCAGCGUCCCUUGAGUCUCAUCCAGGGCCCUCCCGGAACAGGCAAGACUGUCACCUCGGCCACCAUUGUGUACCAUCUGGCUAGGCAAGGAAAUGGGCCCGUGCUGGUUUGUGCCCCGAGCAACAUAGCCGUGGACCAGCUGACAGAGAAGAUCCACCAGACGGGGCUGAAGGUGGUGCGGCUGUGUGCAAAGAGUCGUGAGGCCAUUGACUCCCCCGUCUCUUUCCUCGCCCUGCACAACCAGAUCAGGAACAUGGAUAGCAUGCCUGAGCUCCAGAAGCUGCAGCAGCUGAAAGACGAGACUGGGGAACUGUCCUCUGCAGAUGAGAAGCGCUACCGGGCCCUGAAGCGGACGGCGGAGCGGGAAUUGCUCAUGAAUGCAGACGUCAUCUGCUGCACCUGCGUGGGAGCCGGGGACCCAAGACUGGCGAAGAUGCAGUUCCGCUCCAUCUUGAUUGACGAGAGCACCCAGGCCACGGAGCCAGAGUGCAUGGUGCCAGUUGUCCUCGGGGCAAAGCAACUGAUCCUGGUGGGUGACCACUGCCAGCUUGGCCCUGUUGUGAUGUGCAAGAAGGCGGCGAAAGCAGGCCUGUCCCAGUCGCUCUUUGAGCGGCUGGUGGUGCUGGGCAUCAGGCCCAUCCGCCUGCAGGUGCAGUACCGUAUGCACCCAGCCCUGAGUGCUUUUCCAUCCAACAUCUUUUAUGAGGGGUCGCUCCAGAAUGGUGUCACUGCAGCGGACCGUGUGAAGAAGGGAUUUGACUUCCAGUGGCCCCAGCCAGACAAGCCCAUGUUUUUCUAUGUGACCCAAGGGCAAGAAGAGAUUGCAAGUUCUGGGACUUCUUACCUGAACAGGACGGAGGCCGCCAACGUGGAGAAGAUCACCACCAAGCUGCUGAAGGCUGGUGCGAAGCCAGAUCAGAUUGGCAUCAUCACCCCCUACGAGGGCCAGCGCUCCUACCUGGUGCAGUACAUGCAGUUCAGCGGCUCUCUGCACACCAAACUCUACCAGGAAGUGGAAAUAGCCAGCGUUGACGCUUUCCAAGGGCGCGAGAAGGACUUCAUUAUCCUGUCCUGUGUUAGAGCCAAUGAGCAUCAAGGCAUUGGCUUCCUGAAUGACCCCAGGCGCCUCAAUGUGGCUCUCACCAGAGCAAGGUAUGGCGUCAUCAUUGUUGGGAACCCGAAAGCGCUUUCCAAGCAGCCCCUCUGGAACCACUUGCUGAACUACUACAAGGAGCAGAAAGUGCUGGUCGAGGGGCCCCUGAACAACCUCCGUGAGAGCCUCAUGCAGUUCAGCAAGCCUCGGAAGCUGGUCAAUACCAUCAACCCCGGAGCUCGGUUCAUGACAACUGCCAUGUACGAUGCCCGUGAAGCUAUCAUCCCUGGAUCGGUGUAUGAUCGCAGCAGCCAAGGCCGGCCCUCCAACAUGUACUUCCAAACACACGACCAGAUCGGGAUGAUCAGUGCCGGGCCCAGCCAUGUCACCGCCAUGAACAUUCCCAUCCCCUUCAACUUGGUGAUGCCUCCCAUGCCUCCACCUGGCUAUUUUGGACAGGCCAAUGGGCCUGCUGCUGGACGUGGGAACCCAAAAGGCAAGACCGGCCGUGGUGGGCGCCAGAAAAACCGCUUUGGGAUCCCAGGGGCCGGUCAGUCAAACCUCCCCAACAGCCAGGCCAGCCAGGACGUGGUCUCCCAGCCGUUCUCUCAGGGCCCUUUGACUCAGGGCUACAUCUCCAUGAGCCAGCCGUCUCAGAUGAGCCAGCCAGGCUUGUCCCAGCCAGAGCUGUCACAGGAUAGUUACCUUGGUGACGAGUUCAAAUCUCAGAUCGACGUGGCCCUGUCGCAGGACUCUACUUACCAGGGGGAGCGCGCAUAUCAACACGGAGUGACGGGACUGUCACAAUAUUAGAGUGUAAGGUUGAAGGAGAAGAGCUAAGCUGAUGUGGAGCUUAGUUCAACAGCAUUUUAUUCUGGGUAAUAAAAAUAAAAUAAAAUGGAUACCUGUUUUCCACUGCUAAAACUGAAGCAACUCUGUGAGAGCAACAGGAGAGAGAGAGGAAGAGGGAGAGGAAGAGAGAAACCAACGGAGAGGAGAGCGAAGAGCACGCGAGCGAGAGGAAGAGAGAGCCCACUGCUAGCUCACUGAGACAAGGAGAUUGACCAGACGGAGGUGGGAAGAGAGAGUAACGGAGGACCGACUGGCACCUCGCUGGGACGGGGAGUCAACUCGCCCCAGAAGAGCAGAGUGGUCAGCAGAGUUCCCUGUCCUCCCCCCCUGUCAACACACACUGAGAGACAGAGAAAGAGAGAGAGAGAUUCAGAGAGAGAGAGAAGAGCCUUGGAAGCAAGCUUUUGUUCUUGUGAGCAGGACGGGGAGAGGAAAACCCCCAUCUCAGAGUUGUUUGCGUACCCAUCUCUCUUCCCCCUUUUCUUUUAACCAGAAGUGGCAUCUGUUGGCAUCUUCUUAAAGGAGCAAGUGUAUCAUCAUCAUCAUCAUCACCAGCCUUGUCCACCCAAGAGGACCCCAAUCCUCCCGAGCUCGUGGGAAAGCCAGCUGGCUGGUACCCUACUCUGAGAUGUGUGGUUUUGCUGUCCAGGAUCCAGCUUCGAACCUCACAUGUGUGUGGUGUCGCCCGCGUCCUGAAUGGACUUAAAUAAGAUGGGGUGUUUCUUUUUUUCCUUUUUUUUCCUUAAAAAGAAAGAGAGAUUCUUGCAAAAGAAGCACUGGAUAUUUUUUUAGAAGUUUGUCUCUGAAAUCUUAGUAGUGGACCUGGGCGGGGGGGUGGAUAUCCUUGUUCUGAGAAGCUUAAAAAAAAA